UUCACAUCCGGGAAGGAAAGGGGAAUGUCACGUUUCUAAAAGCUUGUUUUUAUAUGAGUUUGGUGUUUUAUGGAGAACAAGAGAUGGAAUGUCAUCAGAUUUAUGACUUACCGACUCUGAUUUGAGGUGAACAGCUUGCGUAAAUAGAGUUUUAUCUCCAUAUACCAGCUAGAGAGAUGUAUGACACACCAGUCAGCCUGCAAAACUGCUGCGUUGAUUUUAUAUGUGACAAUUUGUCAACGCUAUGCUUGGCCUCAGCUGAAACCCCACUAAAACUUGCAUUCAAAGAUUCAGAUGUGUAUUUCCAUGGGGACCUUUCGGAGCAGCUACUACACAGUCUGUGUGAGAAAGGAAAGCUAACGGAUGAAACACUGAGUUUAUUUGAUCCAAAUGUCACCAAUCUGAAACGUGUUUGUAUACACGACGCACAACUGACCACCAAAGGUCUGAGGACGUUAAAAACACAUCGUAUUUCAGAAUUGGAAAUCACAGGACUUAAGAGUGUAACGGUGAACGAUGCAAUAGGAUGUCUAGGAGAGUGGGCUUUGUGUAAUUUACGAUCUCUGAAUGUUUGCAAUAGUACAUUUCUGAACAGUACAAAAUUCUGUGUGGUUGUUUCUUUGUCGAAGUUGAGAAAUCUGCACAGUUUGAAUGUAAGUCGAACUGAAUUCAACAAGCAUGGCCUGGAGAUUAUAGCAGAGGACUUGCCAUGCUUAGAGAGCUUGGACAUCUCAUGCACACAGAUAAAUGAUAUUUCACCACUCAGGAAAUGUAGAGACCGGUUAAAAUCUCUGUCAAUGUACAAUUUACGGGCGGCCAACAAAGAUGAUGUGGUUCCUGUAUUGUAUGACCUUACCAAGCUUGUCCACCUGGAUGUGUCCGAUGAUUCUGUGAUAACUCCAGUCCAGCAUACUUUCAUGGGCGGUGAUUCGCAUGCUAAAUUCCCAAUACAGGAUCUUUUGGAAAAAUCUAACUGUCUGCCAUACUUGACCUCUCUGGAUAUCUCAGGAAAAGAGGGAGCUGCUGAAAAUACAUUGAGGAGGUUUCUAUCUGAACACAAAAAUAUAAAAUUCCUUGGAUUGGCACGGACCACGUAUUGUGAGAUGCCGAUGUUCUGUGAUGACGACCGUGCCGAUUUCUCCUGUGAUAUUGUGAUAAGUGGUGACGCUAAUGAACGACAGGUUCUUGAGGCUCUGAGGCGAUACGUCCAGCGUGUUGUGUAUGUACAGAAGUCACUGUACACGCUGUUUAGACUUACACAGGCCAUGGAAGAGCCUAGAGAAGACAUUGUCAGGCUUGUCCUGCCAGCGAUGAAGAGCCACCCUAAACAGUUAGGGGUACAAAUGGCAGCCACAGCCUGUCUGUACAACCUGUCCAAGGGCGACAUAGGCAACAAAGUCCACCCGUCUUGUCUCAAGCAUGUGGUCAACUUGACCUUGCUGUCCAUGGAUAAUUUUCCCAAUCACCAACAACUUCAGAAGAAUGCUCUCCUCACCUUGUGUAGUGACAGGAUCCUACAAGAUGUGUCCUUUGACCGUUAUCGCUGUGCCAAGCUGGUGAUGGAAUGCCUUUGUCAGUUUGAUGAUCCUUCCAUGAAUCGUAUGUCUGUUGCCAUCUGCUCAAUUCUUGCUGCCAAAAUCUCCACAAGCCAGACAUCUCUUUUGGGAGCAAAGACCAAGUACAUGCAGAAAAUGCUGGAUCUAGUCCGACUGAAAGUACAGGCCCGGUCCAUAGAUAUCACCCUCAAGUUCACUCUCAGUGCUCUGUGGAAUUUGACAGACGAAUCUCCUCCUACCUGCCGUGUUUUUCUCAAAGAGAAAGGACUGGACCUGUUUAUGGACACCCUAAUGGUUGUAAUGGAUAUGGAGAGAGAUGUUAGGGUCCAAGUGGAGACAAAGAUACUAGGACUUCUGAAUAAUAUUGCUGAAGUUCGAGAACUGAGAGGAUUCCUGAUGCGGACCGAUUCCUUAAUCUUGUUGAAGAAACUGAUGCAUGCAGAGCAGAUUGACGUGAGUUACUUUGCCGCAGGAAUCAUUGCUAACUUGGCUAGCGAUGGUGCAGAGGCCUGGCUCGUGUCCUCCACAGACCGCGAGGAGAUCCUCGGAGAGCUGGGAGAAGUUGUUUUAAAAUGGGAGCAGCCUAAAGGUGAAAUGGUAGCCUACAGGUCCUUCAAACCGUUCUUUCCACUAUUGCGAUGUUUCUCGGUGCCAACAGUACAGCUCUGGGCCGUCUGGGCUAUACAGCAUGUCUGUACGAAAAAUGGGGAUCGCUACUGUUUGAUGUUAGAAGAGGAGGGCGGGUCAGAAAUUCUCCAGCAGCUGAUUGAAAAUCCAGAGACCAACAGCGAUGUAGCAGCCAUUUCAAUAAACAUAAUAGAACUUAGCAUAGAAAAACGAGGAAACCAAUGAUGGGACAGGCUUUUAAAACAGGAACUCUUUCUUUGUCCUUCACUCAUCUUCAUAUGACAUACAAGUUUAACAUAUAUAUUAGCAGAAUACCUGAGCAAAUCCCUUACAAUUAGGAAUCUUGUAGGAUUGGUACCUAAUUCUGUCUGUAUGUAGUUUCUGUAAAAUUGUAAAUCCUGAAAAUCAUUCAAUAAUACAAGUCAAAUAUAAAUAGACAUCCAGCAGUGUGGCCUGUAUAAAAUUUAUGGUUUCUAGAGAAGGGGCCAAUGCCGAAGCAGGGAUUGUUUACUAAACUAUUCUUAUCUCAAAAAGUGCAAUUUAGUUUAUAACUUAUGUAGUUGAUAUGAACGUUAAGUAAGUAUUAAUUUUGACAACAUUUUGGCCUGGUCCUACGUAAGCCCUAAUAGAAUCGCAUACUACGACAAAGAUUCCCCAAAAUCUUAAAGUAAGAAAUAUUUGUUUCAUUUAUAGUUACAAAAUAUGCUUACCUGGUUUUUCAGUUAAAUCUCACAGUAUAGAAUGAUAUUUGAUUUUAUAUAUAAUGUACUGAUGAACUGUGAGUUAAAAUUUUACAAAAUUCACUGGUCUGUGUAAAAUAGUUAAUUAACACAGGAAGCGACUUGGAUUUUCUCCCAUUAUUCUGGAUAUAGACUCUAAGAAAUGUGUGUUUUUUCCGGGUCAUGUAUAAAGGUGAAUGAGAGCGGUGAACAGUUCCUCGUUUCAAAUUGGCGGUGGAUGUUUGGAACAUUCCACCAAUGUCUUGAUUUACUUUCAGUUUGUUUAGAGCUACAGCGUUUCCAGUAUAACAGAAUGUUAAUGUGAUGUUGUUGAUCGGCACACCAGCUUACUAGUCAGGCUUUUUGAAAUUGUGCCAACAAAUUGACUAAUGUUUUCACAAGUAACGUGGCAUCUGACAAAAGGCCUCGGUAUAUACCCAGUUGCUCUUUAUUAAGUGUUUUUAUUUUCUGAUCCCAUGUUACCUAGGAAAGCUGAGGGUUUCAGCUUGCAUAACAAAAUGUGUUGAAGGCUUGUUUAUUAGGAUAUAUGUGGCACACGUAACGUACCAGUAUCUUACUAACACCUAAACCUUGAUAUGUUUCCAAGGAUUUGGUACUUUGUUAAAUUGGAUGUUGCAAGUUUGUUAAGAUGUUGUUACCAGUGCUACUGUUUUGUAAUUGGAAAUAUUGUAAGCAUUGUAAGCUUAAUUGGAAAUAUUGUAAGCUUAAUUGGAAAUAUUAUAAGCUUUAACAAUGUAUAGGAUUUUAAAAAACAAACAGAUUUGACAAUUUGAUAUACCCGGUACAUACUUAUAAAACAUAUAAUAUCAUUCUGUCAUGAACAUUAAAUAAAAAAAAUAAAAAAAGGAUGAAGCAUGAAAAAACAUUUGCUUUAAUUUAUAGUUAUAUUACUUUUGAAAGGAGAAAUACAAAAAUAUGUGUGUUUCCAGUAACAGCUUGGGAGAGUAAGCAAGGAUAGGCUCGCAAAUAUUUUCAUUUUAAAAGUUCCUUGUUUGGCUUAAGAAUUUUUUUUUAAGAAAACAUUGUAAAGAUAUGGUCAAAAUGUGAUCUCCAUGCAUCCUUAUAUAUAAUUGAAAUAUUGUAACUUACAAAACAAAUAAGUAUAUAAAGACAUAUCAGAUGGAUCCCACAAUACCAAUCCUUUUGAUCAACAUGAAUGAAAAAUUGUUCUGCUAUGACUGAUUUUGCUACAAAAUGUGUAUUUUAUAGUGAUUUAUAUAUGAAAUUGGGGUUCAUUAAAUCAUCAAAAUCCAUGCUUGUGUAAACCAUAUCCAUCCCAAUAAGUGUCCUGGGUGCCUAGCAAUGUGUGAAGAUAAUGAGGAUUGUAACACCUUCCAAAAGUCAGAGAAAAAGAAAAAACAUAUAGAUUCUAUUUUUUCUUUUUCUUAACAAGAAAAUCUGUAAAUUAUGGUCAAAAGAAGAAACAAACCUGCAGAAGUUUAGGGGACACUUACAAAAAAGAUGGGGAGGGGGUGGUAUUAGGUUUAAUGUGUCUGGUUUUAGUCCUUUGGGAGGGGGUGGUAUGAGGUUUAAUGUGUCUGGUUUUAGUCCUUUUUGCAAAAGCACACUGUGCAUGAUAAGAAUUUCUUUCGUUAAUAUAUCAUUGCUGAGGAUAUAUCGCAUUAAAACUGACAUAAAUACUUUCAGGGUAGUGUCAUACAUUUAGGGUAGGUAAUGUAGGGUUAUCAGAGACAGGGUUUUUUAAGGCCUAAGAUUGAUUGAACUAAAAAUGUUAUAAACAAUUGCCAUAUGAUAAAUACCUCUGAGUGUUAACAGUUUUACUAAUGUUUAUAUGUAUCGAUGUAAGACUGGUGUAAACGUGAUCAGGGAUUUUUGUUGAUUUAUUUCAGUUUUAGUUAUCUGUGUUUUAGUUGUACAUCUGUGUACAGUAUUAACAAUUGUGUUUUAUCAGCUGUUGGUAAGUGUCUAUAAACUCAUAAUCAAUAUGUAAUAUAUUUGUAAGAAAAACUUUGAAUGAUAUAUAUACCUGUCCCACAAAUAAAAAGAAAAUUUAAAUCAAAUGCAGUUUUAUAUAUACAUAUGUAUAUGUACCUGUAUUGGGUUGUUUUUUUCCCCAACUUGGAAAUGAAGUUUUACUAUGGCCUAGAUGUUGAUGUGUAGACAUACCAUCAGUGGAACAAUGAGAAAGAUUACAACAAUGAACCAUCAGUGGAACAAUGAGAAAGAUUACAACAAUGAACCAUCAGUGGAACAAUGAGAAAGAUUACAACAAUGAACCAUCAGUGGAACAAUGAGAAAGAUUACAACAAUGAACCAUCAGUGGAACAAUGAGAAAGAUUACAACAAUGAACCAUCAGUGGAACAAUGAGAAAGAUUACAACAAUGAACCAUCAGUGGAACAAUGAGAAAGAUUACAACAAUGAACCAUCAGUGGAACAAUGAGAAAGAUUACAACAAUUAACAAAACAACAAACAAGGAGAAACACUGAACAAAUAAGGAGCACAGAUAUACUGGGUACUUGUGUUGAUCAAAGUUUCCUUUUUUCAGGGGAGGUAAUUAUAAUAUAAGGAGCACAGAUAUACUGGGUACUUGUGUUGAUCCAAGUUCACUUUUUCAGGGGAGGUCAUUAUAAUAUAAGGAACACAGAUAUACUGGGUAUUUGUGUUGAUCAAAGUUCACUUUUUCAGGGGAGGUAAUUAUAAUAUAAGGAGCACAGAUAUACUGGGUACUUGUGUUGAUCAAAGUUCACUUUAUCAGGGGAGGUAAUUAUAAUAUAAGGAGAACAGAUAUACUGGGUACUUUUGUUGAUCCAAGUUCACUUUUUCAGGGGAGGUAAUUAUAAUAUAAAUAGACAACAUACAAAGAGUUUUGAUUAAAUCAUUAAGCGUAAAAUUAAACUGGCAGUCUUCUUUUUUUAAAUGAAGUUCUUGCAAAACAUCUUGAGACUUUAAUGUUUGUGCUUUGUCUUCAAAUAGUUGCAUCAAUGCAUUUAAGAGUUUUUAAAAGUUCUACAAAAUGUCUUUGUUUGAAAAAAAAUCAUUUACUUUUCAUUGAGCAAUUCAUGGUUUUAAUUAUGUCAGCUGUGAUUAUUAUACAGUGAAAGUAUGGGUUUGAGGGAUAUAGCAAGUUUCUUGUUCCGGAGACCACAUAUGAUUGUUGGCAACCAGAAACUUGCUGGAUUUCAAACUCCUAUAUUUAAAUUGUUUCUUCAUACUAAUGCAAAAUGCAAGUCAUUGUUUAUAAAGCAAAUUCCAGCUUCAAUUUCUGAAAACCUUUGAAAAGCCCUGUCUAAACGUUGGGGUAAAGUCAAUCUCUGCCUACCUCUCAUCAUUAGGUUUGUCAUUUCUGUGAGGAAGUUACAGAAAUUGCCAAGGAUAUUAAUUUGCAUCUUUAAACUCUUGAGAGAGUGAGUCUGUACCCCCAGCAACUUCCAAGGGAGGUAGUCAGCAGAGGUGUUUUAGUUUUUGGACUAACACAUGGUUGAUAUAGGACUAAUGCCCUAGACAGUAAAGUCAAAAGUUGGGAAAUCAUAAAGUAAAUUUAACUAAUUACUUUAAUAUCACAUGAAUAAAAUAAAUAUAUCAAUAUUUGUUACAUAUACUAUAUAUGACCUGAUAAAGGAUAUUGAGAUACAUGAUCAAAUUCUAUUCAGUUGCUGCCUUUAAUAAGACGGCAAAAUAUAUUGGUUUGUUAUGUUGUUGUAAUUAAUAAGAUAUUAUUGGCCAACAUUUGUUAUCAGUAUAAUAAUCAUAUACCUUAUAUGUAUUAGUCUGUGUAAAUGUGUUAACAUUUUUGGAAUGUAAAGAAUUGUUUGUCAAAUGUAGAUUAUUAUUAUAUACUAAUGUUAUUGCAUGGUUGAAAGUUCUAUCUUGUUUUGAGUAAUUGUGUUGUUGUGUUAAUGUUUUUAAAAAAAAAAUCUAUUUUGUCAUCUGAAGUCCGUAACAACUAUGUAGUAUGUGUGGUUGAUGUUUAAAGUCUUCAUGACUUGUUGUCUUAACUAAUCCAUGUUUUGGUUUUGUAAAGCAUUGUUUUUAUGAUUGAUUGGCCAGUUUGAUUAGGUAGAAUGGCAUAUUUCUUCACCUCUUUGGUAUAGUACAAUAGCCGUUGAGGUCAAGGUUAGUGUUUCUUUAGAGGUCGUAUUUUGACCUUGACAUUUAAAAAGAUAUUAAACCCCAAAGUAGCACUGGUCAUGGUUUGUGUUUCUUGUAAAAAGAGAUUACUGUAUUCACUGUUAUUAGUGUUCAAAGUGCCAAAAGAAUUUACAGAAAGUGGGGUGUUUAUCGGGUAUUAAGGUCAUCAGUUAUGUCGGUAAAGAGUUUAGUGUGAAUAGGAGACCUUACUGUCAUAUCUGUCGACUACUGAAUGUAGAUUUUCUACCACUUUUUCAACCUGACUCCUGUCUGUUAUAUGAGUAAAUAUGAAACUUCAUCUACAGGGCAAUCAGGAUGGGGUUCGGGGGCAUAUAAAUCAUGUCAUUAAGUGCAGAAAAUGGGGAGGAAGGCUAAUUAUAGCAAAGACGGUAGAAGGUACAAGAUUAACAUCCAGUUUAGCAUUUGUCUUAAAGUCAUAGAUCAUCAUCAAUGCUUGUUUGGGGUUAAAGGUGCAAAGGUCAUUGCAUUGUUGAGUGGAAGGUCAAGGUCAAUGCUUUUUUCUGUGAUCAUGGGUAGGACUUUGUGUUCCAAAGACUGUUAAUGGAAUGUAGUUUACAAUAUGACAUGUAAUAUUUGCCUCGCUAAAAUUUCGUCUUCUGGUGUUUAGAAACAAUUAACCCAGUGUUUAAUUUACCCAUGACUAGUAACUAUGUAUUCACUCAUAUGUAUAAUAGGUUUGUCCUGCUUAGAAUUAUUCUCUUAUUCAGGAGAAAAAUUAGGCCAGACGUUUCCACUUCACAGUGCUGUCUUUCUACUCGAGAGAUUGCCUAUACAAGGUACAUUAUUAUGUUUAGUUUUUUAUCUGGGUACUUAAAACAUAUCCAGGCCUCUUGUUAUCUGGGUUAAAUGUUUCAUCAAGAGAUUUGUCAUACUGUAGAAUGAUAGUCCACUUGAAUAUCUUUGCACUUUUUUUGUGAUAGUGUUUAUGUAUAUCAUUAAAGAUGUGAAAUAUGUUCUAAAUAUCUUAGAUAGCUUUCCUUUAUAGAACUUUGUGAACCAAUUAACUUUGGUAAAACAGAUUAUUGGAGUAUAUACUAUUAUAUUGUAAUAACAUUUGUCAAAACUAAAUAUACCUCAACUGGUAAAAUGAUUGUCUUUCUUUUCUUCACUUUACAGUCAAUUUGAAGGAUCCCUAUCCCAUUGCUAACAAAACAUUUGAGAAUUUCUUGGUUUGUAUUUUUGUUUACACAGUAACCUCCCCUUAAUUUUAUUUAGAAUACACCUGUAGCACAACGAGGUCCGGGUACUUCUGUCCGCUUGGUAGCUCAGCUGGUUAGAGUGACAGAUAUGAUUGGAGGUCCAGGGUUUGAUUCCCGGAUUGGCACUAUUGUGUUUUUACGCUCAGAACAAUGGUGUUAAAAGUACUUUUUACUGAAUUUUGUUCCCAUUAAUUUCUAUAAGAUUUGGUUUUGUGUCGAAGCUGUAACCAUGUUGGAAAGAAAACUCAUAGUAAGUUUGGGGAAACAGCAAUGUUUUAUACAUGUCUCAACUGAAUGGUGGUACCUGGAGAGUAUAUGUUUCCCUCAUUUUUGAGUCACAGGCUGUCUGAUAUAGCGCAUGUUUUGUAUAGAAGUAUCAGCCUUAGUCUUCUAAUGGCCCAAAGUUCCAGCUGUAGGUUGCUGACCAUAAAGUUGUUAUUCUUCCCUGGCUGUGAUCGUAAUAAUCCUGUAAAUCAGGCCGCUUUCCCAGGAACUUUGUUCAGCGGUUGGAUUUGCCUGGUGAUGCCUGGUUCCCAAGCUGAGGCUACAUACUCAAGAGUGUCUUGUAUAUUUUUGAGCAGGCAGAGGACAGGUUUUCAAUAUCAUAGGAAGCUGAGGGUCCGAUUUGCUAUCUAUAAAAUGGUUUCAUAGGUCCCGAUUGCAUUAAUCUUACAGUUUCUGGGUUGUGUCUAUGAGGGGAAUACUCUGCAUUGAUGAUUUUAUUCAUCCACAAUAUCUGGAUCAUACCAAAUUUCUUUGGGUGAACCCAUGUCCCUGAUGAUCCAGCAAUAACAGUCCCCCUGGAGUUUAGCAAGUCCUCCACUUUGAAAAACCAGCAGUCCUCCGCCAAACGCUGGCCUCGGGAUCUGCCAUCUCCUGGAGUUCGUUUAUGAGAGAGAAAAGUGCAGGGAACCAGUAACUGAACCAUGGGGUACUGCCGUUAUAGGACAGCUGCUUUUGUAGAAGUUUGUUUUUCAGUUCCACCUGAAUCUUGCAUGAUUCUUGGUAAUAGAAACCAUGCCGACUGUAAAAUGGCAUGAUUAAUCAACUUACAGAUUACCUCUGUCUUAAAUUCAUGAGGAGUAAUAAUAUAAAUUUUACAAUUCAGCUUAUUAACGUGAAUGUUUUGUAUGCGAGGGUUUUUGAUGACUGAAAUACUCUGUCUUCUGCAUAUAUCGUAGAUUGUGAUUACUGUUAUCUUUCAGGAGAUUUCUUGUUCAUUAAAUAGAAAUUUGAUGUUAUUUAAUAUCGCCAAUUAAAAUAUACGCAACAAUGAACUCACAAUCGAAAGUUUGUUUCCAAUGUAAGGAAAUGUGUAUGGAAAACAUCUACUUGACGUUAUUUCUGAAUUGAAAUCAAGGAAAUAUGAAUACCAGUUAUGUACAGGUAAUCAUGUAUUUAUUUUUGGUUUAUAGAAAUACAUUUACUGUAUAGAAAGUGUACCUAACGCUUGUAUUCAUGUGCUAUAUCAUUAUCAUGUAUCAAUUGAAUGUCAGUCAUUUUGUAGUCAAAUAUAAUCAUUAAGUUAUUCUUCUGACAGAAUCUCUCCAACACAUACAUGUUGAAUACAUGUUGGUUAAUGAAAUUCCAUUUCAAAAGACACUCAUUUUGUACUUUUCUGCAUGAUGUUAAUUUCAUUUCCGUCUUGUAAGGUAAUGUUUGAGUCAAAGGUAGAGUUGCCUCCCUUCGUAUAUGUCUUCACUGGAGGCGUAAGUAUAAUGGGCCAUAACAGAGAAUAAUGUGCAUAUCUAGCCAUCUUCUUGGAAAACAAGGAAAAUAAAGGUAACUGUUUAAGCAUGAAA